AUGAGUGAAUCUCCCCGAACGUCAUCAGCCUCAUGCUCUGAUUAUUUGAGGGAUCAGCUUAGUGCGUCUAAGUCUAUAAGUGAUAGUCAUCAACAAAGCGAUGUAAUUAACUGCUUACAAACAAAAAUUCACGAAUCAGUUAAGUAUCAAGAGAAAGUUUUAGAGUUAGAAGCUCAGAUAAAAAUUGCAAAAGAAACAAUUCAUCUACAAGAAGCAGCUUUUGCAUUUGAAAAGAAUGAAUAUGAAAAUGAAAUACUUGCUUUACGAAAUUCCGAGUCUCAGCUACGAGAUCAUUUAACACAAGUCGAAACAAACAUUAAAAAUCAAACAUAUACUUACGAAGUUCAAGUUCAACUCAGUCAAAACGCUCAACAAAUCGAUACUUUAACCAAAAAAUACCAAAAAUGGAAAUCCAAAGCUAAAUCAACACAAAACUCUCUUAAAGAACUACAAGAAAAGAUAUCUGCUCUUACAGAAGAGAAAUAUAAGAUUGAGUUAAAUUCCAAUAAAAUUAAAGAUUCAUUCACAGAACAAAACUCACAGAUACAGAGUCAGUUAGAAUCAAAAGAUCAUGAAAUCCAACGCCUUAAAGACAGUCUUUCCAAUGCUGAAGAGAAGAUUAAAGAAAAAGAUUCAGAAAAAUCACAAAUCUUAGAGCAAAUUAACAACAUUCAGAAACAAUCAAAAGAGAAAAGACAGAAGCAGAAAAGUAUCUUAAAUGAUUCAAUCUCACAAUGCCAAUCCAUGCAAGAACAAGUUAAUCAGCUUUCACAAGAAAGAGACAGCCUCAAAGAACUUCUCACUAAGGCAGAAGGCAAGUUAACAAAGCAAAAAUCAAGGAUCGCCCAGCUUUCUGAUGAACUCGAACAAAGUAAAGAUUGCGAUAAAUUAAUCCAUCAGCUCAAUGACGCUCAUGAAGAUAUUGAAUCACUUAAAGACCGUAUAUCCAACCUUAAAAUGGCUUUACUCCAAUCAAAAUCCCUUCUUGAACAUAUUUCCAUUGAAAAAGAUGGCAUUGCAGAUUUGCUUGGAGUUGGCCAAGAUCCUCUUGAUCAAGAAUGGAAGAUGAUGAAGAACAAGAUCGAAGAAAUGAACGAAUCCGAAAGAGUAAUUAAUGGUCUUCAAAUUCAAAAUCAAAAGCUUCGUGCAAGACUAACUUCAGCAUUAGAAAUUGUCAAAAAUGCACAAGUUAAUGAGAAAAAGCAAGUAAUGUAUGAAGAAGAAAAAACGAAAAGAAUUAAAUUGGAGUCAAUCUUGUCAGAGUUAAGGGCUAACCAUGAAGUUUCUAAAGCAUUAUUAAAGAGAUAUAAAAUACGCUCUGAAUUUGCUAGAACAAUCAUAGAUAAUGCUCAUAAACUCUCAAGGAAUGUUGAAAAUCUUCAUUCAUCAAUAUUUGGUUCGAAUGAGAACAAACCAAUGAAAUCUUUGGCAUUAACAGUCAUCUUUGCACGAAGAUUCUUUAACUCAGCAAUGAAUGAAGCCCCAACUGAUCCUCUGGCUCUUCAAAUCUUCAGCAAAAACAAAAUUUUCGCAGAAGAAAAAAGUGAAAAAGCAUUUAGUGAAUUGUUGCAAAAAUUCACUGAACUUUCUAAUGAAGUUGUUGUUGCUAAGCAAAAUAUAUUAGAUUUAACACAAAAAUGCAUGGAUUCGACCAAACAAGCAGCAGAAUAUAAAUCUCAAAGCGAAAAAUCAUCAAAGGAUGCUUCAGAAAUGGAAGAGAAACUUGAAGCUUUAACAAAGAGGUCAAACGAGUUACAAGAAGAGUUAACUAAGCUAAUUCCACCAGAAGAUUACAAUGCACAGUAUACAAAAGCUAGAGAACUCAAGGCUCAAAAUAAAGAACUUCAAGGAAAAAUUACAGAACUCUCUGCUAAGAUUGAACAAAUGGAAACAUCAACAGCAAUCGCAAAUGAAAAAGCACAGAAACUUAAGGUCGAGCUAAAAGAUAAAGAUGCUCUUGUAGAAGAAUAUGUUACUACAAUCGAUACCAAAGAUAAAAGCAUAUCUGAACUUAAUACAAUAAUUCGUGAAAAGAGCAAAGAAAUAUUAGCUUUAGAAAGAAUUGUUCAAAGAUACAGACAAAAUGAGAAUCAAUUACAAUCUGCAUAUACAUGCAAUGCAAUAGAGAUUCAGAAUAAUUCUCAAAUAUCAACAACAACUGUGAAGACCUCACCACAAAGAAUUGUUGAGCCUGAUAUGUCUUUCACAGCUACAAUCAACCCACUAUUUUUAGGGCAUUAA